UUCCGGUCCUUGCUCUCCCCACCCCACAAGCACUUAUACUUAUGGAGUGACUAUCGCACCAAGAGUGUGCGGUGGUGAGAGAGAAAUAUGUUAAAGGUCCCGUGCAAUAUGUUGAAUGACCAAAUCCAAGCGAUAACCCAAUGUGGGUUUAUGGGCCGCGGGUCCAUUUUGACAUGUGGGCACCAGAGAAAUGCCGUCGUCUUAGACUCUGGUUCUGGUUUUGGUUCUUUGAACAAAGGUCCAAUUAUGGCCGUGGUGUCGAACUGGAUUGUUGGAUCCGGGACAGGGUCAGGAUCAGGGACUCUAGCGGAUCGGUUGACAGAAGAUGGGUUGUCGUAUAAGGAGAUAUUCAUAGUGAGAUGCUAUGAAGUUGGGAUUAACAAAACUGCCACUAUUGAAACCAUUGCUAAUCUCUUGCAGGAGGUUGGAUGCAACCAUGCGCAGAGUUUAGGAUUUUCAACAGAUGGCUUUGCAACCACCCCCACCAUGAGGAAAUUACAUCUCAUAUGGGUUAUUGCUCGCAUGCACAUUGAAAUCUACAAAUACCCAGCUUGGAAUGAAGUGGUUGAAAUUGAAACUUGGUUCCAAGGGGAGGGAAGAAUUGGAACCAGACGAGAUUGGAUACUCAAGGACUAUGCUACUGAUCAAGUUAUUGGAAGAGCAACAAGCAAGUGGGUGAUGAUGAACCAAGACACCAGACGACUUCAGAAAGUUAGCGAUGAUGUACGGGAUGAUUAUUUAGUUUAUUGUCCCCGAGAACCCAGAUUAGCAAUUCCUGAGGAGAACAGCAAUAGUUUGAGAAGAAUACCAAAACUGGAAGAUACUGCCGAGAAUUUCAAGCGGGGACUUGUGCCCAGAAGAGCUGAUCUGGACAUGAACCAACAUGUUAAUAAUGUCACUAACAUUGGAUGGGUUAUGGAGAGCUUGCCUCAAGAAGUCAUUGAUAGCCAUGAGCUGCAAGCUAUUACUUUAGAUUACAGACGGGAGUGCCAUCACAAUGACGUAGUUGAUUCACUUACUAGUGUGGAUGCCAAAGCAGUUUCUAAGAUUGAAGGAACUAAUUAUGGGUCUACAGCUGCAACAGAAAACAAAGAAGAUUUACGUCAGUUUCUACAUUUAUUGAGAGUAUCAGGUGAUGGGCUUGAAAUCAAUCGAGGACGCACUGAGUGGAGAAAGAAACAUGCAAGAUGAUACAUAGUUUAGUUGACUUUACUUUUCUAUUGCUUUUAAUUUCAAUCUCUCUUCUAAUGUAUUAAUUUUUACUUUUCAGCUCAAUGGAUUUGCUCCAAAAUUAUCUUUAGGGAGAGAGAUAGAGUAUCUUAUGCAUCCAUUGCACACAACAGUGGAAAAUUGUGGAAUCUCAUCUACUGUAAGACAUUAGUUGCCUGCAAUGGAUACACAAGAUACUACCUCCUUUGUAUCAUGCAUGCAUAUUGCUUUGAGAGACUCCAUGAAUCAUUUGAUGUAUUUUAUUUUUAGUUUUUCUUUGAUAUUUAUAAAUUCACUUUUCCCA